GCACCAUCGAUCGGUAGAAGGUCACCGCCGAUCACUUGAUGGCAGGCGUAUCCAUCGCCGCAGAGUGGCAACUUCUCGGCGACAAGUACUACCGAAAACCAGAACUCUAUCAAUUACGAUGGAAAAACAUCGAUCUUGCUCGAAACAAGGUCGCCUGCGCCCCAUUUGGCGGUCCAAUUGCCGUCAUCCGCGACGACUCCAAGAUCGUCCAGCUAUAUGCCGAAUCCGCCCUUCGUAAACUCCGUAUAUACAACUCCGCCGGCCGACAAAUAUCUGAGACCGUAUGGAGAAACCCUGGUGGACGGUUGAUCGGAUUGUCGUGGACCGAUGAGCAAGUACUAGUCUGUGUGACACAAGACGGUACCGUUUAUAGGUAUGACAUCCACGCAAAGAUAAUUGAAUCUAAUGUUAGCAUGGGUAAGGAGUGUUUCGAACAGAGUGUGGUUGAAUGUGUGUUUUGGGGCAAUGGUGUUGUAUGUAUCAAUGAAGCUUUCCAGUUGUUCUGUAUUCCUGAUUUGAAAAACCCUAAACCCUCUAAGCUCGCGGAUGCGGGAUUAGAAGAGUUUCCCCUUUGUAUGGCGGUGAUCGAGCCGCAGUAUACUAUGUCAGGAAACGUGGAGGUGUUGCUCGGAGUUGGAGAUCAUGUGUUGUUGGUCGAAGAGGAUGGAGUUCAGACUGUGGGCGAUGGGUUGGGACCUUUGCAGAAGAUGGUUGUUUCGCAUAAUGGCAAGUUAAUGGCGUCAUUUACUCACGAUGGUCAGCUUCUUGUGAUGCCCACAGAUUUUUCGAACAUCAUAUUUGAGUACAGUUGUGAGUCUACUCUUUCUCCAGAGCAACUUGUAUGGUGUGGAAUGGACAGUGUGUUGCUCUAUUGGGAUGAUAUGCUUCUGAUGGUGGGCCCGUAUGGAGAUCCAGUUCGUUACCUUUACGAUGAACCAAUUAUUCUUAUUCCAGAGUGUGAUGGAGCUAGGAUAUUGUCUAACUCAAAUAUGGAGUUUCUACAACGGGUUCCAGCUUCCACUGAAUCUAUAUUUAAGAUUGGGAGCACAGAACCAGCUGCGUUGUUGUAUGAUGCCUUGGAUCAUUUUGACCGGCGGAGUGCAAAGGCUGAUGAAAAUUUGAGACUGAUACGCCCAUCGCUGCCUGAGGCUGUUGAAGCCUGUGUUGACGCUGCAGGCCAUGAAUUCGAUCCUUCGCUACAACAGACGCUACUAAGGGCUGCAAGCUAUGGACAAGCAUUUUGUAGCCAAUUUCAACGUGAGAGCAUUCAGGAGAUGAGUAAAACAUUGCGGGUUCUAAAUGCUGUACGCAGCCUGGAGACUGGGAUUCCACUCAGUAUACAUCAAUAUAAGUUGCUUACACCAUCAGUUUUGAUCGGUCGAUUGGUUAAUGCCCACCAACAUCUGCUGGCGCUGAGGAUAUCAGAUUACCUUGGAAUGAACCAAGAAGUGGUUAUCAUGCACUGGGCUUGUUCAAAGUUAACAGUAUCAUCAGCAAUUCCUGAUGCUGCUCUCCUUGACAUCUUACUUGAUAAGUUGAAAUUGUGCAGAGGCAUUUCUUAUGCUGCAGUUGCUGCUCAUGCAGAUCAGACUGGUCGCCGGAAAUUAGCUGCUAUGCUAGUUGAACAUGAACCUCUUUCCUCAAAGCAGGUUCCUCUGUUACUAGGCAUAGGGGAAGAAGAUACGGCCCUGACAAAGGCAGCUGAAAGUGGUGAUACAGAUCUUGUUUAUCUUGUUUUGUUUCAUAUAUGGCAGAAGAGACCGGCAUUGGAGUUAUUCGGGAUGAUACAAGCUAGACCUCUUGCACGCGAUUUAUUUGUAUGUUAUGCCCGGUGCUAUAAGCAUGAGUUUCUGAAAGAUUUCUUUCUUUCAACUGGUCAGCUUCAUGAUGUUGCCUUCUUAUUGUGGAAAGAAUCCUGGGAGAUAGCAAAGAAUCCAAUGGCAAGUAGAGGAUCUCCACUUCAUGGUCCACGCAUAAAACUUAUUGAAAAAACCCAGUCUCUUUUCUCUGAAACAAAGGAGCAUGUUUUUGAGUCAAAGGCAGCUGAAGAACAUGCAAGAUUAUUAAGGAUACAGCAUGAGCUAGAAGUAAGUACAAAGCAACCAAUAUUUGUUGAUUCGAGUAUUAGUGAUACUAUUCGGACAUGUAUAGUAUUGGGCAAUCAUCGGGCUGCACUGAAAGUUAAAACAGAAUUCAAGGUUUCAGAGAAACGAUGGUAUUGGCUAAAAGUUUUUGCUUUGGCAACAAUCAGGGACUGGGAUGCAUUGGAAAAGUUUUCAAAGGAGAAAAGGCCUCCAAUUGGUUUUCGGCCAUUUGUGGAGGCAUGCAUUGAUGCCGAUGAAAAAGCUGAAGCCUUAAAGUACAUCACGAAGCUUGCGGAUCCUCGCGAAAGAGCAGAGGCUUAUGCUCGAAUAGGCAUGGCAAAGGAAGCUGCAGAUGCUGCAUCACAGACUAAAGACGGCGAGUUGCUGGGUCGCCUCAGAAACACUUUACAACAGAAUUCGGCAGCUUCAUCCAUUUUUGAUACUCUCAGAGAUCGACUAUCCUUCCCGAGUGUUUCUUAGUGUUGCUAUGGGCUGCUAUUUUCUUUCUCGUGGGUUAUCAAAUCGUCGAUAUAAUAAGUAGUCUUGAUGUAUAAAUUUGUUGUAUAAACAAAUUUAAUGUAAGUUGAGAGCUUUCUCUUUGAGUGUGAUUUUGAAAGUUUGGUGUUUCUAAUUUAUGUUUUGGGUUUGUAACUCAUUUAACGGAAGGAAUUGGUUUUAGAUUUUAUUCUAAUUUCCUAGAAGAGUUCUUAGCUUAAAUCCUUGUGAUACAUUGAAGAGAUUGUAUUAAGUGGAGUUGAUGCUUGUUGCCUU